CGAGGCACACCUUCGCUCUCACAAGGAGAGAAUCCCUACCGUUGCCACAUAUCCACUAAAUCAUUUACACAACAGGGUAAUCUCGAGGCACACCUUCGCACUCACAAAGGAGAGAAGCUCUACCAUUGCCACAUAUGACUAAAUAGUUUACACAACAGGUUAAUCUCGAGGCACACCUUCGCUCUCGCACAGGAGAGAAUCCCUACCGUUGCCACAUAUGCACUAAAUCAUUUACACAACAGGGUAAUCUCGAGGCACACCUUUGCACUCAAAAAGGAGAGAAGCUCUACCAUUGCCACAUAUGCACUAAAUAAUUUACACAACAGGUUAAUCUCGAGGCACACCUUUGCUCUCACACAGGAGAAAAUCCCUACCGUUGCCACAUAUGCACUAAAUAAUUUACACAACAGGUUAAUCUCAAGGCACACCUUCGCUCUCACACAGGAGAGAAUCCGUACCGUUGCCACAUAUGCACUAAAUCAUUUACACAACAGGGUAAUCUCGAGGCAUACCUUCCCACUCACAAAGGAGAGAAGCCCUACUAUUGCCACAUAUGCACUAAAUAAUUUACACAACAGGGUAAUCUCGAGGCACACCUUCGCGCUCACAGAGGAGAAGCCCUAUCAUUGCCACAUAUGCACUAAAUCAUUUACACAACAGGGUAAUCUCGAGGCACACCUUCGCUCUCACACAGGAGAUAAGCCCUAUCAUAGGGGGUACGGCUCAAGUUUCGCCGCGCGCGUGCAGCGCCGUUUCCUCCCCUAGCGGCCUUUGCUCCAAUUCAUUGCCGCACACGGGGCGCGCUCGUCCGCAGAUUCGCUUGGAGUACGCUGCUUGCUGCUUCGCCGUGAUGAAAACUAGCACGCCUAAGAGGAAAAGACCGGGCUCUAAAUAUUGUUGUGUAGUUGGGUGCCACAAUAGCGUCGCAAACACGAAGGGAAAAGAGCCCAUCGUCUGGUUCUAUUCAUUUCCCGGCAAGUGUUACGAGACAGACCGCCGAGAAGCCUGGAUUAGGGCUGUGCGGCGGAAAAACUCUGAUGGCUUCCCGUGGCUCCCGCAAAAACACAUACGAAUAUGCAGCAGGCACUUCGUGAAUAAUGCGAAGAGCGAGAGCCAGGCCAACCCAGCCUACCUGCCGAUUCUGUUUCCGGAUGUUUACAAAAAGCAACGGGUAAGCGGUGAGAGACACGAAAGGUGGGCAAAGCGGAUUCGAUCAGCUGCUAGAAAUUUGACGUUGCCUCAUCCACCUGAGGAAUCCGCACCUGUGGACGUGCUGUCGAACGCGUCGGAGGCCGACUGCUCGCCAGACGCGAAUGCGCAAUCAAAAGCCUUGGAGCAGGGCUCGCUGCUCUUGAGGGAGGUGGAAGUCGACGCUCAGCAGUUCACAUUGACUUGCAUCGCGGAAACGCAGACAGAUCCUGUGUGCUGCAAGGGUCCUUUGCAGCUCAUGCCGUCUGCAACUGAUGGAACCCAUGGGUCCACACAAGUCACUCACGAUGCUCAAGCAGACAAGACGCGCACUGCGCCAAUUAUAUAGCCAGGGUGGAGGGGAUCGCACGCAAGAAGACACCGAAGCUGCGCGGUCAAGUGACCCUCCUAGGUUUCAGCACGGAUCCAUUCCUGAUUUCGUACUUCGCGAGGACCGCCGCGUUCAUGGAGGACAGCAUGGAGGACGACUACAGCGAGGGCACCCAGACGUCGUCCACGCUUACCGAGAACACAAUGCCCGAGUUGCCCGUGCCGACCUCGGGCCGUGGCCGGCGCCGCACAACUUCUGCUCGCGGUCGCCGCACCACAGCUAAGCCUCGC